AUGGGCUCAAUCAAGUCAACAAAUUCACAGAAUGCCGACCUCCGUCUCCGUGGGAACGGUGACCAGCCGAAGACGGUCCAAGAAAAGCGCUCGCAGAACUCGAUAUUGCCCACCAACUCCACAACUUCCAAGCGAGCAUGGGCCUUAUUUCGCGUGGACACAGCUGGAGAGAGCGGUCGAACUGGCAUUCACCCAUGGCACCUCCUCAAGGUAUGCUUUAGGAGUGUCUGCACGCUUUCGAUGGUCGUGAAUAUCCUCUGGCCAUUUGUUCCCGCCGCAAUUGUCAUUCACUUUGCGCGACCCGAUCUUCACGUCUGGAUCUUCAGUCUCAAUUACAUCGCCAUGGUGCCCUCGGCAAACCUGCUCGGCUUUGCCGGUGGAGAGCUAGCCAAAAAGCUACCAAAGAUGAUAGGCAUCAUCGUGGAAACAACUUUGGGCGCUGUGGUCGAACUCGUGCUGUUUAUGGUUUUGUUGUAUAAGCAUGGCCGGACCGAAAACUCGGAUCUGAUUCCUGUCAUCCAGGCCGCUAUUCUCGGUUCCAUCAUGGCAAAUCUCCUACUUUGCUUGGGCAUGUGUUUCUUUGUGGGCGGUAUCAAGCGUCAUGAGCAGACCUUCCACGAAGCCAUCAGUGAAGUUGGUACUGGGUUGCUCCUUGUCGCGGGUUUCGGUCUGUUGAUCCCAAGUGCGUUCUAUUCCGCGCUGCGUGGAAGCGUCAAUGCACAUUUUACUCUGGUGCAGUUGAACGAAUAUGCCUUGACGAUUAGCCGUGCCACUUCGGUGAUCCUUCUCGUAGCAUUCUUGAUAUAUCUGUUCUUCAACCUGCGCAGCCACAACUCCAUUUUCGAUGAUAUCCUAGAGAAAGACGAACACCACGACGAAGACCGACAUGAAGAAGCUGCGAGAGCAAAGCUCACAAUGAUAGAAUGCUUUGUUGUCAUCGCCAUUUCCCUGGCCUGCGUCUGCAUGUCCGCCGUCUUCCUAGUCCAAGAAAUCGAGCACAUCGUGGAGCGCGGCGUCUCGGACAAUUUCCUCGGUUUGAUUCUCGUCCCUCUGGUGGAAAAGGCCGCCGAGCACCUCACGGCCAUCGACGAAGCCUGGGACAACCAGAUCAACUUUGCACUUUUCCACUGCCUGGCCCCUUCGAUCCAAACAGCACUGCUGAACGCACCGCUCACUGUCAUUGUUGGUUGGGGUAUGGGCAAAAAUAUGAGCUUGAACUUCGAGAUCUUCAUGGUUGUCCUCCUUGUACUCUCAAUUCUGGUUGUUGGGAAUUUCUUGCGUGAUGGCAAGUCCAAUUACCUUGAAGGUGCUCUUUGUGUGCUGGUUUACUUCAUCAUCGCGGUUUGCACUUGGUACUAUCCCCCAGUGCACAUGGCCUCGUCGAACCAGUCUUGA